GCGACGUGGGAAUUGGAGCAGCCGCUGACACACCUCCCUGUCACUGAGCAAGGUUGUUUAUUUGGCUCACGUGACCCGCUUGGCCGGUCCAUAAAGGUGCGAGCUGGGAUACCGGGUGUGCUCAUGUGGUCUGUCAUAAUGAGGGGGCUUUUUGUGUUGGCCGCGCUGCUCGUUGCUACUCUGGGCAAGGAGACGUUUGAGGGGCAUCAGGUCCUUCGCAUGGUAGCAAAGGAUGAACUCCAGUUGUCUCUUCUCACUCAGCUGGAAGACAUGGAGGAGUUUGGGCUCGACUUCUGGAUGGAGGUGACUGACGUGAACACUUACGCGGAUGUCCGAGUUCCUCUCCACAGUCUGGAGGCUGUCAAGCUUUUCCUGGAGAGCAACGGCAUUGACUACUCCAUCAUGAUUGAAGACCUACAGAACAUCCUGGAUGAGGAGCAGGAGGAGAUGGACGCUUCUACUCGUACAGCUGAGCCCAGAAACACCGACAACUUUGAAUUUUCCAGAUACCACAGCAUCAGUGAGCUGUACCGGUUCCAGGACAUGCUGGUUGCUGAGAAUCCCAAACUGGUCAGCAAACUGGUGAUUGGUCAGAGUUACGAGCGUCGUCCCCUCAACGUGCUCAAGUUCAGUACCGGUGGAAGAAAUCGUCCCUCCAUCUGGAUUGACACUGGGAUCCACUCCAGGGAAUGGGUGACCCAGGCUAGCGGCGCCUGGUUUGCCAAGAAGAUCGUGACCGACUACGGCCGUGACCCCGUGCUCACCGCCAUCCUGAACAAGAUGGACAUCUUCCUGGAGAUGGUCACCAACCCUGACGGUUACUACUACACCCACACUAGUAACCGCAUGUGGCGCAAGACCAGGAAGCCCAAUCCUGGUACCAGCUGUGUCGGAGUUGACCCCAACAGGAACUGGGAUGCUGGUUUUGGAGGACCUGGGGCCAGCGGUAACGCUUGCUCCGAGACCUACCGUGGACCCAGGGCCCACUCUGAGUCGGAGGUCAAAUCGAUCGUGGACUUUGUGAAGUCUCACGGCAACAUCAAGGCCUUUGUGUCCAUCCACUCGUACUCACAGAUGUUGCUGUACCCUUACGGCUACACCAGGACCCCCGUCAGGGACCAGGCUGAACUGCACAGUCUGGCAAGGAAAGCCAUCACUGACUUGGCCUCUCUGUACGGCACUCAUUACAGAUAUGGAAGCAUCAUCAACACCAUCUACCAAGCCAGUGGCGGCACUAUCGACUGGACCUACAACCAGGGUAUCAAGUACUCGUUCACCUUCGAGCUGAGGGACACGGGACGCUACGGCUUCAUGCUGCCCGCCAACCAGAUCAUCCCCACGGCCAGGGAGACGUGGCUGGCCCUCAUGGCCAUCAUGGACCACACCUCCAAAAACCUGUACUAAUUUAAGAGCGCCAUUGUGGCAGGUAUUGUGACUCCUCCAAUGUGAUCAGACCAUUAAAAAACCGCAAGUUUC